UCUUUUUGUUGGGGUGCGGCGGCUCUCUUUCUCUCUACGGUAGCCUAUCACAAAACAUUAAUUUUUACAGUAUUAACAAAUCACACGCUCGAGAUGCUAUUUAUAACUGCUAUAGCUAACUAACAGAGAGGUGUAUGUUGUUUUUAAAUAUAACGUUGGAACAUAACAAGUCAGGACACGUUCGCUGAUAAAUGGCGCAAUCGUGCUGACUGACAGGCCACACUUAGGUGUGCUCAGUGCUCACUGCUCACUGUCACUAGUGAUCACUACGACUGCUUGCAAGGUUGCCCCGACUCCCCGAGUUGUGUGGAAGUUACGAUAAAGAUAGUUCAAAACUGACUUCUUCUUCACCUUCAAGUUUCAACCCGCCGCCACCACCAAAGAUAGUUCAAGUGCCGAAAGUUCGGUGACAACUCAACUGAAAGACAACCACCAAUCUUUUGCUGGUGCUGAGUUUAAAAGUAAAAUUUGAUAUUUGCAGUGUUGUGUUCAGGAGUUCUGACCUAAGCUAUGCCUCCUGCUCCUGGACGUAAGGCAACAUGUGAAGGCAUUGUUGUGGUGCUGGAUGUGGGUCCCCACACGAGACUUGGACUGCCUAUUGAGAAGACAUUCUAUAACAAAGCAAAGCUUUGCCUCAUCAACAUCCUCCAGAGAAAGAUAUUUGCUGACAAAUGCCGUGACAAAGUUGGUAUUUUGCUGCUUGGCACGGAUGAGACGGACAACCCACUUGCCAAGCCUGGAGAGUAUCAGCACAUAACAGUGCUGCAGUCACCGCGCGAAGUUGACUGGGCUUGUGUGGAGGCCGCUCAGAAACUCCCUAGAGGGUCUCAUGCCGCUGACUGGCUUGAUGCAUUGGUCAUCGCCAUAGACCUACUCCACGAUCCUAUGGGCGAUAUUUACAGUGCUACAAAAAUCGUUCUCUUGACGGACUUUUGUGCGGACUUUAGUGCCGACCAGACGGACGUCAUCAUCUCGAGCAUAAAGGCCAUUGGGGCUGACUUCAGUGUGAUCGGCCCGGACGUGUCUGGCGAGAACCCGACCCAACUGAGCUGGAGUGGCAAACCCAAGACCACGGUUCAGCGUGCGGGCGAAGCUCUGGCUGCCAAAAUCGUUCAAGCUGUUGAUGGGAUCAUUUGCAGCUUUGACGAAGCCAUCCCGCAGCUUCUACUCUUUCAAAAGAAGACGAGUGGCAGCAGCAACUGGAAUGCCAUGCUCUCCAUCGGUGAAGAUCUCAGGAUCCCUAUAACUGGCAGAAUUAAGAUGCGCCGGGCGACGCCUAACACAUGGAAGCGAUGCCACGCGACGGACGACUCGGUCGUGACCAUCAAGGAGAAGAGCUACCACCGCACCGACGACCAGCAGACCGCCGUGCCUGAGGACGAGGUUAUCGACGGCUACAGAUACGGCACCACACUGGUGCCCUUCACCGAUGAGGACCGUCAGAUGAACUACAGCAGCGGCGCAGAGAGCGCCGAGCUCUCCGUGCUCGGCUUCACGCGCUCCGAGUUUUGCGGUCUGGCCGAGCGAGCUGGCGAUCAAGUUCUUCUUGUUACCGCCAAGGAGGGCGAUGAGGACGCAGCAGUGGCGCUGUCUGCGGUGGUGCAGGCGAUGGCUGAGCUGGACGUGGUGGCGGUGGUGCGGCGCGUGUACAGGCGAGGCUGCAAACCCGUACUGGGGGCCCUCUACCCCAGCAUCACUCAGGACUAUGAGUGCCUAGUGUGGGUGGCGCUGCCGUACAGGGAGGACGUGCGAGCCCUCGCGUUCCCUCCCCUGCAGCGUCACGUCGCCAGCCUCACUCAGCAGCAAACGCACGCCAUCGACGCCCUCAUCGACGCCAUGAACCUGAACAUCACUGACUCUGACGGUGACGCUGAAGAGCUCCUCGACCCUGAGACCGUCCUGAACCCCCACCUCCAGCACUACUACAACUGCCUCACCGACCGAGCCCUGACCCUUACCCGACCCCUGCCUCAACCCCACUCUCACGUCACAGCAUUGUUGUCGGUGCCUGUAGAGCUGCGCGAGGCUCUGGACGGCGUCACAGAGCGGCUCGUGCAAGCUUUCCCAACCACCAAGAUCGUGAAGCGCACCAAGAGGGAGCGACACGACUUAUUUGGGGCCGGCGAUGAUGCCAAUGAAAGUAAACGAAGUCGGGGAGACGAGGACGAGAACGUGGAACCUGGAGGCCCCACAGCGCCGCCUCCCGUCACCCUGGGCCCUCGCGUGGACCGCGUGUCUACGGCCACGCCCCUGCAAGACUUCCAAGUCCUCCUCUCGCAGCAGCCAUUCAACUUCUUCGCGUUAUGUGACGACCUCGGCGAGGUGCUGCUGCAGAUAGUUGAGACGAUCUCCCAGGGCUUGCUGUCCGAGUCGUCGCCUGCUGAGCGCGCUUCUAUCGAUAAAAUUGUGGCUUGCAUGCAAGCGUUGCGCAAAGAGUGCGUGAUCAUCUCGGCCGACACGUACAACUCGUUUAUAAGGUCGAUGCACGCACUCUGCCUGGGCCGCGGUGUUCUCAACAAAGUUUGGGGACGUGUAGCUGAACUUCAACUUGGGCUUAUCACUUCAGCUGAGACGCCCAAAAGCUCAGUCGAUCAAAAAGAAGCCGAAGACUUUUUGUCCGUGGAUGUCCCUUCGGUUACAGCGCCGUCAGAAGCUCCUGCAGCACAGAUGCAGGACUACGACGACUUGUUGGACGACCUGUGAGCAUUUGGGCAGCCACAAGAUCUCGUUCAAAGCCACCACAGGAGACCUCGUUUGGUGAUCGAAAUGACACGAUGGCUGAGGUCAGCGUUGUUGUUGGAUUAAUUAUUUUAGCACCUCAUUAUUUGACCGCGGCGUUUCACGAGCGGAAAAUGAUAGUGAAGAUGAAUCACUUUGUGAAGCGUGUUGUUUCGUAUUCUAGUUUCAUAUACGGCCACUCUAGAGUUGGUUAUUUUGUCAUAGACGUUGCUGACACUUUAUUCUCGUAAUCUAUGAAGCGUUACACCUUUCAGCAAGAUAAUUCACGAAAGAGUAUCUAAACCAGAAGGAACUUGUAUCCCGUAAUUGCAGAUUUUUUAAAUACUAUUAAUUUGGGGAAAGCUCGCACAGUAAAUAGGCAAGUCUCCACAUGAGAGGUUUGGUGAGAAUUAGCACAGUGACACUUCAUGAAUGGUUUAUACUUUCACCUGCACAUAAUAUACUGUACACAUAGAAUAAAAACUCGAACGAGACCACAUGAAGCCUGGCCAUUUCUGCUGGAGAUACCAAGAUUUGAGAUACUAUGAGCCCAACGAGAUGUCAAGAUUACUGCACAUUAAAUAUUAAAUUUACAACAAUUAUUUCAAAAUUUUACUUACUCCGUGAAUAAAAAUGUCCAGUAUUAACUGGAAUAAUGAUUCACGAGUUCAUUUUUUUCCGUUGAGAUAAUAUGCUCGUGAAAAACUCGUCGAAAUUUAAGCCUGAAUAUCUAAUGAAUAGCCAAGGCCCAAGGUAAGAAAAUAAUAUCAACAGAUGGAGUAAUUAUUACACGAAUACUCGACAACUAUGUUGAGUAUUUGAUAACGGCAGAGAUUGAGAAUUUCAGCUAUGGAUGAUACUUGAUACUGCGCAAGGAAAACACUGAAAAUAAAUAGUGCAUAAAAAACUAUUUUUGACCGGCACGGGACAUCCUAACCAAAAUUCAACUGCUUCUAAUUAAUCAAUGCCCCGUUAUCUAGCGAAUGAUGUAUUGUUACAACAUGAAUGCGGCGACUCCUUUCAUAGCUUAAGUGUUAGCGAUAAAAAAAAGCACACGAACAUAUUUUCCAUUAGCCACACAUAAUCUAUGCUGAUGGCGAAGUUCUUUAGCUUAAAAUCAUGUAUAAUUAUUUGCAGAUGCCUUACAAGCUUGAAGGAAGAUAUUUAUAAACUUACUUUACAGGGCGACAUACAUGGAAGCUAUAAAUCCUUUGAAUCUUUCUCGUGGCUUCGAGAAAAUUAAGACGAUUUAUAAAUACCUUAACAUAUGACAGUUGUGUACAACUUCGAGGUAAAAUAGUAUGAUUACCACAGGUCUACAUUAGCAUGCCCUCGACCAACUUGUAUCUUGAGUCAUGCAUAGGGUUUUGCUUGAUCCAUUUAUUCGCUGUUUAUAUGUAAUGCCUAACCUGAUAUGAUUGAUAAAUAAUUACCAAUAAUAAUGAUUUCCCGUUUUUUGUGUAAUUAAAUUGCUUUUUCGUUAUAAAAUAAUGGAAUCCAGAUGUCUCAUUCAGACGUAUGAAAACAUGUAUGCAUAUUAAAAUGACUACAGCCAUUUCCAUGUCCUUCGAAGACACGAUGUGAACACAGUUAUUCACAGGGGACAUAAUUGUCAUUGUGAAUAUUCGAGUAAUAUUAUUUUUAUUA